ACACAAGUUUGAAGGAAAUAUUAAUAAAAAUUCUUUGCAAAAGUGUUGAAAAUUUGUUUAACCGUCGUGUUGACAACAUCCAAGGGAUAGUGGCUCAGGUUUUGCUUGAUAUAAAUUCUUCGCAGAAAGAAAGCUCAUAUUCGUCACUAUCUACAUCUGAGAUUUCGAUAAACUCUCAAAUGAAAUUAACCGACCGAUUUCUGACCUUGCUUCAUGCCCUCCCCCAAGAAGAGUUAUUAUGCAUGUUUUCCGCAGGAUUUAAGACUAAUUUUUUGAAUAGUUUAGUUGGUUUACUUACUCAAGAGGAGGUGGAAAAACAAUCCUCGCUUAAAAGAGAUUUGAAAGACCCUCCCACGGCUUUUGUUGAUAGUAAUAGCUUAAAAGAGUGUAAGAGCUCAGAAAAACACACAAUUUUAAAGUUGAUUUCGGAACUUAUAAACUUCGAGGAGUUGCAUUUUAAAGUUUUGUAUAACAAGCGAAUAAUUCAGAACUUUCAUUUAGAUUUAACCAUACGCAAAAAGAAAUUGAUUAAAGAGGAGGUACAAAUUAUACUAGAUGACGCGAAUGCCUUGAAAACAACCCUCGAAAACAACUUGGAUUUGUUGGCCUCAAUUUACUUAUAUUUAAAUAGUUGCAGCGCGGCAGAUAAUUUUCUUUGUAAUUCUGAAGAGUUAAAGAUGGGUAUUUCUUUACUACUGGCUUACCAGAGGGAUAAUAUUGAACAUCUUAGACGUAUCCACUCGUUUGUUUCACUAUUAGAUCGAAACAAAGUUUCAUUGAAUCUUACUGACAGCCAUCCGUUACCUCCUCGUCCUCCAGACGCAUGCAUUUGCUCCAUCUACGAAUGCGCAAACUCAACUUUUCCAUCUGUUUAUCCUCCACUUACUUCUUUAAAUGUUCCAAAUAACUUUGAAGAGUUAAAACCGGUUUCUUUAAAAGUAGACCACGAGCCCUCCUUUCAACAGGAGUCAGCCUUGACGAAAAGUCCGGAGAGAAGAGCAAGUGACUCUUGCUUAGACCGUAAAAGCGUGGAGGAUGACUAUAUUAAGGCUGUCUUGAAAGAACUGAGGGAAAAGUUUUCCGAAAAAGUUAACUUGUAA